AUGGAUUCAUAUCUUUGUGAGAGCAAAUAUCACAACUGUGGUAGGAAGAGAAUUCAAGUAACAUAUGAAUCUAUAGCGUCAAUAUGCAUGGGGGACAGAACAAGCAUUAGGGAUCUUGCAAAGAUGCUGAAUUUGAGUCCAACAACAGUUUGGAGAAUGGUGAAAAGAAAACAGAUCAAAGCACAUUCAAGUCCCAUGCAUCCAGGCAUUUCAGAAGAAUGCAAGAUGGAAAGGAUGAGGUGGGUACUUGGUCUCAUAAUGGACUGCUCAAUACCAAAUGAUCCCACAUAUUACAGCAUGUAUGAUUUCAUUCACAUCGAUGAGAAAUGGUUCUAUCUAACGCAAAAAAGUCAAAGAGUCUAUUUAGCAAUCAAUGAACAAUUUUCACACAGAAAGGCAAAAUCAAGAACAAAAAUUCCAAAGUUCAUGUUCAUGGCAGCAGUAGCAAGGCCAAGGUGGGGAGAAGAUGGGCAGUGUGAGUGGGAUGGAAAACUAGGUAUAUUUCCAUUCACAUAUGCAGUGGCAGCAAAGAGAACAUCCAAAAACAGAGUGAAGGGGACAAUUGAGACAAAACCAAUCAAGUCAGUUAGUCAAAUUGCAACUAGGGCCAUGCUAAUCAACUACUUAAUCCCAGCAAUUAAAGAGAAAUGGCCACCACAUGAGGGGGAAAAGGUGAUAUACAUAAUUCAAGACAAUGCGAAGACACACAUUUUGCAAAAUGAUCAAGAAUGA